AUGCGCGAUAUCCCAUUUGAAUAUGUCAAGAAGCAAAUGGCCAAGGGAUUUGUCAAACCUUUGUUCACACCCUACCUGCUCGAGCAUUUUGACAAGAAGUCUUUCGAUGAGGAGGCCAAGGAGUACUACAUCAAGAGCAUCGCCGGAACGGCAUACCCUGCUAGUUCGGCCACAAUGGCGUCUGGGCUGAACACUUUAAUUCUCAUGUUGGUCAUGUUCCCAGAUGUCCAAGAGCGCGCUCAUGCGGAAAUCGACCGAGUCAUCGGCUCUGACCGUCUUCCAGAGUUCUCGGAUGAAGGACAUAUGCCAUAUAUCGCCGCCAUUGUCAAAGAGGUCCUUCGCUGGGCUGCUUUCGUGCCGUUUGCUGUUCCUCACUCGACUGCGGCCGAUGACAUGUAUAAGGGCUAUUUCAUUCCGAAGGGCACAUUUGUUAUUGGAAACUCAUAG